UGGUGGUGGCUAGGACAGUUUGCAAGAAUAGUGUGUCAAGGUAGAUUGGGGCUACCCAGAUCAUCCUUUGACAUGGAGGCCAUCAGAAACUUUCAGGGAUUUUCUAUAAUGUUAAAGAGAAGUUCUGGAGCCAGAGUCCCUGAGUUCAUAUUCCAAGCUCUGCCCUUCACUGUGUGUGUGACUUUAGAAACAUUACUGAGCAUCUCUGUGCCUCAAUAUCCUUAUUUAUACAAUGGAGAUGAUAAUUGUAACUAAGAAGAUUUCAGUUUGGAUUGAAUGAGUUAAGACAUGGCAGGUACUUAGAAAAGUGCCUGGCACAUAGAAAAAUCCCAGUAAGCAUUGGCUCUUGUUGUUGCUAUUAUUAUAUACAUUGAGAAAAACUUGAAGGUUAUAAUUGUACUCUUUUCAGCCAGAGCUAGAGGCACUAAAAGAUUCAAGAGAUAUUUUAGGGGUAAAGUUAACAAAGCUUCAACUUAAUUACCAAUUUUAUAUAACCAGGAAUUUCAACUAAUAAUGCUGCCAUGUGCAGCAUAGAAGCAGGUUUGAAAUUUGUAUAACAUUUUCAUGAUUUGCAAACUUAUAGAACUUAAAUUUUCUAAUUUGUGUUUUCUUUUAGAUCUUAUAGAAAAUUUCAGCUGUAGCCCUUGGACUAGAAGCUGAAAUAAUAGAAGCUGUGUACGAUGCAUUAGGGUAUUGAAGAAAAUUAAUUUUGAAUUAAAUAUUUGGAAUAUAAGGAAGGAAAGGUGACUGAAAAUGGGGCGGAAGAAAAUACAAAUCACACGCAUAAUGGAUGAAAGGAACCGACAGGUCACUUUUACAAAGAGAAAGUUUGGAUUAAUGAAGAAAGCCUAUGAACUUAGUGUGCUCUGUGACUGUGAAAUAGCACUCAUCAUUUUCAACAGCUCUAACAAACUGUUUCAGUAUGCCAGCACUGAUAUGGACAAAGUUCUUCUCAAGUAUACAGAAUAUAAUGAACCUCAUGAAAGCAGAACCAACUCGGAUAUUGUUGAGCAGUUGUUGGUCUUGGCCCCUGGAAGUUGAGGGUGCUCCGCACAGCCUAAAGCUUACUUCUUUAGAGAAUAUGAAGAAUAUAGUCUGAUUUAAUCCUCACAGAACUUUCAGACUACCUCAGUCUUCACCUCUGUUGUGGUCAGCAGUCAAAGUGUAAGAGAGUAAAUCCCAAACAUUUUUUUAGCAGUCUCUAUUACAAUUUACUUCAGUAUGAAGGAAAACUUUUGCAGGUCAAUUAUCAAUUGGGAUUUUGAUGUUUUCUUUUUAAUUGAAUUUCUUAGGUAUAAGUGAACAUGAAUAUUACCAGUAGUUCUUUAUGAAGUUUGGAAUUCUAUAAAUGCAAUGGUUAGAAGACACAUUGGCUUAUUAUAAGGUAUUAAUUUGUUGGUAGGAUAAAUUACAAGGCUUAAUUUACCAUGCAUGUUAAGUUUACUGAAUUAACCUUCAUUAUAAGACAGUGGUGGUUACCCCAGAUGUUCUUUCUUCUACAUAGAAGGGUAAUGCAACUACAUCCUGAAUAGAAGUAUGUACAUAUCUGAGUUCCUUUUAUCAGUGGUGGUAAUGGCUUAUACUAAUGUAGCUACAAAGAUUGUUGUGAACCAACCUAAGUUUAUAGGACCAGAGUAAUGACAAAUACAUAAACCAUAGUUUCCUAUGGGCCAGGCACUUACAAAUAUCCCAUUUAAGGAUAUUUAUGGAAUACAAUUUUAAGUAUUUUUUUUUUCAUAUAGGGUCCUUUGAAACAGUUGUAGUAAUUGGAAAGACACUUUUGUCCAUUUGUUCAUUUAACAAAAAUAUUUGAGGGGCUCCUAUGUACCAUGGACUCUGCAAAGUGAUAUUAUUUAGACAUUUCUAAUUCAGGCUCAAGACUGUUCUUUCUACCCAUAGUUUUGUAAACCACUUAGAUAAACUUGUACCAACUGAAGAUUUUAUAUCUGUAAACUUUGAGCAAGUUGGUGUGUUCUGGAUGUGUAAAAAAGCCGUCUCCUGUGGCUUCAUCAGCAGUAAAUGGAGGCAUAAACAGCUAUAAGUGAUCCACGUUAGAGUGUCUCCUAAUGCACUUGAUCCAUAGUGAGACUAACUGAAGACUUUGAGAACAACCUUUAUAAGCCCUCUAACCUGAAUGUACUAUUUCCUGUUGCAUAUAAGUUAGUCCUUAAGAUCAGUAGGAUUUUAUUUUCCCCCAUAUGUCUAAAAACCAUACCUGCAAGAAUGCACAUGUUAUUAUGCCUAUGGAAUUAGAUCUAGUAUGUUUUCUGGGAGCACAAUGGAAUAAAUACAUUAAAAGUAGUUGGUAUUCGAAUAUUGUGAUGAUAAACAGAUAUAAAGGAAAAUAUGGUGCUCACAUCUGUCUACCUUUUGAUUUUAACCACAGAUACCAGAAACCUCUGUAUAGAAUGGUGUUCUAUCUUUGCUAUCCCUUGUUUCAUAUUAUCUAUAUUUUAAAACCAGUUUUUUAAAUUUUAAUGAAUUUUAACAAUUAUAGUUGGUAAAAAAUAAUUUCCAUGUAGCUUUUUAAAAAAAUCAACAGCAUUUACAUAUUUCAAAUUGCAUUUGGAUCUUUUAAAGUCUGCAGUGUCCUGUAGAAUGUGCAUAUCUCAUACAUUGAGAAAGCUAAAUAAAUGAAAACAGAAACUUAGAUGUUAGUAAAUUAGGAGAUUGUCAUAAAGAUAAACUUUAUAAGAAACUUCAUAAUUGGAUUUCUUUGAAAUGGAGAGUAUUGUUGCUGCAUUAAUGGCAUCUUAUUUGAAAAUGCUUAUUAUACACUGCUUUUUAGGAGUAUAUUCCUGACAAAAAAUGAGUUUCACUACUUUGUUUUCUAUAUUUCAGUAGGAGACAUUCUGUACAAAUGUCAUCAGAGAUCUACAUUGUAUCUUUCCUGUUAAGCAUUGAUACAAAAUGCUUAUAUGUGGCCCACUUUUGUGGGCCUACAAAAAGUAGUAAUUUAAUUGAAAUGUAGAGACAGUGUUAUAACCCCCAUGUUUUCUUUUUAGUAAAUUAAGAUUUAAAAAGUUGUCAACUGUUGUAUGCAGUUUUAUAAGAACAUUGGAUUUAUCUUAAAGUAUUAGAAACUAUUAAUGAAAAUCACCAGUUACCAUUAUUCACAUACACACACACGUGUGUGUGUGUGUGUGUGUGUGUGUGUGUAUACACACACAUUGUGUUUAUACUAAUCAAAAGCCUAGGACCAAUAGAAGGGUUCUGCAUCAGAAUAAAAAUUAUGCUAAAGCUGUGAAGUGAGGAUUUUAGCAGCUGCUACACAAUAAAUUCCUGAGAUUACUUUUGUAUCCAUUUUUUUCCUCUCACUUUACAAAAAUAUUUGGAAUCUUAAAUAUUGCAGCAUGUGAUCUAUAAAAAUAGUUAUGAUUUGGUG